UCCUUAUAGAAGGGUGGAGCAAAUGGGAAGUUAAGCACUGGCUCUCACUAACUAGGGGGCGGAACUGUUUAUUUGACACUUGGGGCUAUUAUGAGCUGAAUUGGUACAACAAAUCAACCUUUCAUUCAUGCAUUAUUUCAUACCGCAAUUCACCUGAGUCGUGGUUUGAAGGGAAGUCGGCCGUGCGUUUGGAGUACUCUUGCUAAAGGCUGGUUGCAUUGCCCUUGUCUGUCGGGCUACCUUUUAGAGGAGUUUUGUUGCUGUAUUUUUUAUAUAUUGAUAUAUACAUAUUUAUAACCGCUGAAGUAAAAUACAAAUGUCUCAACUCAAAGGCAGCAGACUUGCACCCGGCUUUAGUGCAGCAAUACCAAACGGUGGCAUGGCUGAGUUUGAAGAAAUGGUUAGGCAGGAGUUGGAAGAGGCUAUGAAGAAAGAAUUGGAUGCACUGGUGGCAACAGCUCCCCCAAAUGAAUUAGAGGCUACCAGAAAAGAUUUGGAAGGAUUUCAGAAACUUUUUCACAGAUUUUUGAAGGAGAAAGGACCUGCAGUGGACUGGGGAAAGAUUAAACCACCUCCUGAGGAAUUGAUUCAACCAUAUGAGAAGAUUAAGGCAAGAGGAUUACCAAGUAAUGUGUCUAAACUCUUGAGCAAGCUGGUGGUGGUAAAACUCAAUGGUGGUUUGGGUACCAGUAUGGGUUGCAAAGGACCCAAGAGCCUUAUUAGUGUACGUAAUGAAAACACCUUUUUGGACUUGACUGUUCAGCAGAUUGAGCAUUUAAAUAAAACCUACAAUACUGAUGUUCCCCUGGUUUUAAUGAACUCCUUUAACACCGAUGAAGACACCAAGAAAAUUUUGCAGAAGUACAGUCACUGUCGUUUGAAAAUCUACACUUUUAACCAAAGCAGGUAUCCAAGAAUCAAUAAGGAGUCUUUGCUGCCUGUAGCAAAGGAUGUAUCGUUUACAGCUGAGAAUGCAGAAGUGUGGUACCCCCCAGGCCAUGGUGACAUCUAUGGCAGUUUCUACAAUUCUGGCUUGUUGGAGUCACUCAUAGAUGAAGGAAAAGAAUACAUGUUUGUAUCAAACAUUGAUAACCUUGGUGCCACAGUUGAUCUUUAUAUCCUUAACUAUCUUCUGAAUUCCCCCAAUGGCCAUCUCUGUGAAUUUGUAAUGGAAGUUACUGACAAAACAAGGGCUGAUGUAAAGACUCUGGAUGGAGGAUUAAAUGUAAUUCAGCUCGAAACUGCAGUGGGAGCUGCUGUCAAAUGCUUUGACAAUUCAUUGGGAAUUAACGUACCUCGUAGCCGUUUCCUGCCUGUGAAGACCUCAUCUGACCUGUUGCUUGUUAUGUCUAAUCUAUACAGUCUUAGUGCUGGGUCAUUAACAAUGAGUGAGAAGAGAGAGUUUCCAACUGUUCCUCUAGUGAAACUGGGCAGUUCUUUCACAAAGGUUCAAGACUACUUGAGGCGACUGGAAAGUAUACCAGACUUGUUGGAGUUGGAUCACCUUACAGUUUCAGGAGAUGUAACCUUUGGAAAAAAUGUUAGCCUCAAAGGUACAGUCAUCAUCAUUGCCAACCAUGGAGACCGGAUUGAUAUUCCAGCAGGAGCAGUCCUAGAAAAUAAGAUUGUAUCGGGCAAUUUGCGGAUCUUGGACCACUAACAAGCAGCUAUAUUUAUUCACCUUGAUCAUUUUAUGAAUUUGUAUGCUUUUAAACUACAUAGAUAUUCCACCUUUAUGAAAUGACAACAUUGCCCAAUUUAUAUCACAACAUGUGAAAACCUGACUACAUUUCAUCUUUACCUGUUAACUGUACUCUGCUGUGCAGUUUUUGCGUGGAAUAUUUAUUUGCUACCUUCCCAGAUGAAGCGACUUAGGUGUUAGCUGUGUGAAACAAUGUCCUGAACCAAGUAUGGGCUGUGAAGAAAGUUUGGUUGGGCACAGUGUAAUAAUGUAAUGUGCAAUAGUGUUUGAGCUUUGUUGAUAUCCUUACACAUGUACUGUACAUCAGAAAGUUAAUGUAUAAUAUAUUAUGUAAAAUAAAUGAGUACCUCAGUGUU